AUGGUCAAGGCUACUGUCAUCGGAGCUGCGGGUGGUAUUGGCCAACCGCUGUCCCUGCUGCUCAAGCAAUCCACCAUCAUCACCGACCUCGCCCUGUACGAUGUGUGCGUAUGCGUACCUUGCACCUCAAACGCAUCCGCCAUGCAGAUCCGCUGACGGAUUUCCUCUUUGCUCUCCUCUCCUCUCCCACACAGCGUCAAUGCUCCUGGUGUCGCUGUAGACAUUUCUCACAUUGACACGCCCAGCGUCGUCCAAGGCUACCUGCCAGACAACGAUGGUCUGGCAAACUCUCUCAAGGGCACCGACAUCGUCGUCAUUCCCGCUGGCGUGCCACGCAAGGUGAGCGUCAUUGCAGACUUGAGAUGGCAUGCUGCGAGCGAGCAUCGAAGCAGAUUGGGCAGAAAGCGCAGACUCUAGGCGCACCGCACUUCCCUUGGCGGCGCCGCACUGCCUUUCUUGCCUGGUUGUGUACGCUUCUCACAGCAUUUGCGAUCAGCUUUCAACGUCUUCAGACUUUCUCAGCGACAUCUAUUGACGUGCGCUCACUCUCCAUUUGUAGCCCGGCAUGACUCGUGACGAUCUUUUCAAUGUGAGUGUCAUGCCUCCCUCAUUGUGCCAGCUUCUCACCUUUGCCGACACUUUUUAACACCGCUUCUUCCACGAACUUGCAGAUCAACGCCGGUAUCGUUCGUGACACUGCCAUUGCUAUCGCGACCCACGCUCCCAAGGCAUUCGUGCUGGUCAUCAGCAACCCAGUGAACAGCACUGUCCCAGUCGUCGCGGAGGUUUUCAAGAAGAAGGGCAUCUACGACCCCAAGCGGUGAGAGCUCGCGAGCUCUGACAUUUGCGCAGCAAGUCCAAGGCUGACACUUAGACCGCUGUGAUUUCAUGCUCUUCCAGCCUCUUCGGUGUGACCACUCUGGACGUCGUCCGCGCCUCCACCUUCGUUUCCGAGGCAAACGGCGAGCCCACAAAGUCUCUGGACUACUCUGUCCCCAUCGUCGGUGGACACUCUGGAGAGACCAUUGUCCCUCUGCUCUCCGCUUCUCAACCGGCCAUCAAGUUCGAUGCCAGCAAGCAAGCUGAAAUUGUCAAACGCAUCCAAUUUGGAGGUGACGAGGUCGUCAAGGCAAAGGCUGGUGGAGGAUCUGCCACCCUUUCCAUGGCUUACGGUGCGUGAGGUCAUUCGUCGCUGCGCGUCUUGCUCUCUGCUGACGUUUCAUUCCUUUCACGGACGUGCAUGAGCAGCUGGUGCUCGCUUCGCAAUCUCCGUUCUGGAGGCUGCUUUCGGCGGCAAGUCUUCGACCGAGUACAGCUACAUCGAUGUCAAGGCUAUCGGUGCCGGAGAGUGGUCGGGCGUGGUGGGAAGCUUGGACUUCUUCUCUGUGCCCGUCAAGCUUGGCAAGUCGGGUGUCGAGAGCGUCGGCUCUGCGCCCAAGCCUACCGCAGAGGAGGAGAAGCUUCUCAAGGUCGCUCAGGACCAGCUCAGCGGCAACAUCUCGAAGGGCGUGCAAUUUGUGAGUAUUGAUGAUGUGUCAUGGGCAUGCCGCAUCAAUGUCCACUGUCUGCGUGAGCUAAUCGCUUGUAUGUCUGCAGGUCGCUGAAACUGCUCAAAAGGCAGGUCUGUAA